GCCCGCCAGAGCCGUGACGUGAAGGUGCAGCAGCCGCAGCAGCAGCAGCAGCAGCUCUGCUCGUUUCGUUCGUGUCGAGAGUUCUCGUGUGUCGUCGAAUGAAAACAAUCGUCGACGUCCGAACGUCGCGCAUCCCGAGACGUUGACACGCGCCGCACUGUGUGUGCCCCGUCGUUGAUAACGUCCGCGUAUAGUCGCUCGUCGUCGUCGCUGUCGCGUCAUCGUCGUCGCCGUCGUCGUCACCGCCGCCGUGUCGUCGCGAUACCUCGCCGCGACAGUUAACCUUAAAGAAAGCGGCGGGUGCGGUGAUAGUGUUUUCCCUCCGUGGAGGUAGAGCGGGUAAACUCGAGUCGUCAAUGCUCGAGACGGAAAGGUGUGACAAGGAAAGUGCGUAGUCAUCGAUGUGAGAGCCGAGGACGGCGAGGAAGAGCAGAGGGAGCGAGUGCGAAAGCGGAGAAAGAGAGAGAGAGAGAGGCCCAAGCAUCAAGCCGGGAAUUCCGACGAUCGCAGCUCCGUCAGGGAGCUCCAGAGGUGGCAACGGUCUCGUCAGGAAGUGUCGAAACUGGCGUGUGGGGCGGAGGAGUCAGCUGUGGUCUGGCUCUGAUUGCGGUGGUAGCGGCGGAAGCGGAAGCCGCGAAGGCAAUAGCGAAGAAGGCAGGAGGCGAGGAGGUGGGGCCGGGAGAAGUUGCUGGGAGUCCCGAUUUUGUUAGAAGACGGUGCAAGCUUCAUCCUCAUUCCCAUCAUUUUCAUCUAUCUCUUCUUCUUUCACCUCGCAUCUUGCCUUACGGAAGUGCUAGAUUCGUAAGCGUUCGCCAGCGGCCACCAGAAGAACUGUCAACGGCGUGACACCGGCCCCGCGAACGGCCUUCCUCCCGCAGAGGAGUAAGCGCCGCACAGACAGGAGUCACCGCCAUCAUCCGUCAUCAUCAUCGUAGAAAUUACAUUCUGUGAGCCCUCUCCGAGGCGAGGCGAGACGAGAGAGGAGAGAGCUUCUUCAGCCUCCCCCUCUGCGCGCGCGACGUCCUAGUAUUAUUCGGCCCCGCUAACGGCCGCUCAUAAGUCUCGCGCGUCAUCUGUCAGACAUCAUGAACGAGCUCGACAGUCUUCGUCAGGAGGCGGAGACGCUGAAAAAUGCCAUUCGGGAUGCCAGGAAAGCAGCAUGCGACACGAACUUGGCCCAGGCUACAUCGGGCAUGGAACCUAUCGGUCGCAUACAAAUGCGUACGAGACGUACGCUUCGCGGUCACUUGGCUAAGAUUUAUGCGAUGCACUGGGGAAGUGACUCCAGGAAUCUAGUCUCCGCAUCGCAAGACGGCAAACUGAUCGUUUGGGACAGUUAUACCACCAAUAAGGUUCACGCGAUCCCAUUGCGGUCCUCAUGGGUAAUGACUUGUGCAUACGCGCCCUCGGGUAGUUACGUAGCAUGCGGUGGGCUGGACAAUAUCUGUUCCAUCUAUAGCCUUAAAACUAGGGAAGGUAACGUGCGGGUUAGCAGAGAGCUCCCGGGUCACACUGGAUAUUUAUCUUGCUGUCGAUUCUACGACGACAACCAGAUUGUCACCAGUUCUGGCGACAUGUCUUGUGCUCUAUGGGAUAUCGAGACCGGCCAGCAGUGCACUUCGUUCAUCGGGCACACCGGUGAUGUUAUGUCUCUGUCGUUGGCACCGGAUACACGCACUUUCGUAUCUGGCGCGUGUGACGCCAGUGCGAAGUUAUGGGACAUUCGCGAAGGAUCGUGCAAGCAGACUUUUCCGGGUCACGAGAGUGACAUAAAUGCCGUAACGUUCUUCCCGAACGGAUACGCUUUCGCGACAGGCUCGGAUGAUGCGACCUGCAGACUCUUCGAUAUUAGGGCAGAUCAGGAACUCGCGAUGUACAGUCACGACAAUAUCAUUUGCGGUAUUACCAGUGUAGCUUUCAGCAAGAGCGGUAGAUUAUUGCUGGCAGGCUAUGACGAUUUUAAUUGCAAUGUUUGGGAUUCCAUGAAGACAGAACGAGCUGGAAUUCUCGCUGGGCAUGACAAUCGCGUAUCUUGUCUUGGCGUUACGGAAGACGGCAUGGCAGUAGCGACGGGUUCUUGGGAUUCAUUCCUACGCAUUUGGAAUUAACUUGGGGCUCUUCCCAGGACGUUCCUUCAAAGAACCAACUACAGUCAACCAGCAUACAGCAUAAGAAUUAAGUACCAUCAUCUGACCACUGAGCAAAUCGGCGUGCCAGCAGUCACGACGCUGGCAAAUAAUCCGCCAGGUUCACCGGAGUUGACGCUGAUUAGAAAUUUUGGAUACUCGAUUAGUAGCAGCAGCAGCGGCACCAGCAACAAUAACAAUUACGAUCGUAGAAAAGCCCACGAUAACAAUGGCGGUGGUAACAGCAGCGGCGGCGAAUUUAAGAAUGUUUUGGAUUGUGGUGGUAAAAAAGACUCCCGCAACAGGCGCAACGUAGUCGACUUGACCUGGCGACGUAGUAAAGUCGGCGACAAGGACCAUGAAUAUCAACGCUUCUAAGAAGAAUCUACACUCUAAUUAGGUCGAAAACAUGGGUUGCUGAAAAAUGUGCGGCGAAGGACAAGAAUCGAAAACGAGCGCCGACAACAAGACCGACAUCCAAGAAUUUUCGGCAGCAUCGGGCACGCAUUUUCUUUUUCUCCUCCCCUUUCUUAAGGACUUUCUUCGCGAACCUUCGAGAGGCACGUGCUGUUUUACGGCUUUGAUAGUUCUUUUCCCACGGGGGUAUUCCUAGUCGAGGAUUUCAAAGUUCGAAGGACGGAUUACAAUCUUGUGCCGACGAUCAUCGAGAGAUUUCCAUCUCGAAUCAAGGUUCAAGCGUUCACUGCCGAGAAGGCGCCGUUAACAACUGCUCCGGCAGUUGGCUGCGAGUUACUCUUCGAUACACGGUUGUAUCGGGCGGGAUAGGAUAUGCAAUCAUGGAUAUUUCGUCGCAAUCCGGAAAUAAAAAACGAAUCAGCCAAAGGUCGUGAUAGUCCCGCAAUGAUGCGUUCGAAUCAUACGACGCACACUGAACGCACACAAUGAAGAUUCACAAUGACACGAAUUGCAUAUACUUACACACAAAAGCGAGUGGUCGAAUAAAUAUAGGGAAGAUGUGGAUCGUUCACCAGCAGUCUCGAAAUGCAUCCAAGUCGCACACACUUGUCACAUGAGUUUUGCCCUCGUGCACGAGCAUCGAGCGGCCAAACGUGGAAAAAAGAAUAAGAUGUCACUUUUUUUAACACGAUAAUACGCCGAUUUCGCACCGCUACUAUUACUACUAUUAUUAUUAUUAUUAUUAUUAUUAUUAUUAUUAUCACGAUCCCCUCGAUGAAUUUCGUAGAUGUAUCGUUAUUUAUUUUGUAUAGACUUCUGCCAUAGGCCGCCUUGCGCCUGCGUUUUUUGCGAGUGCGAGAGCGAUUGAGCAUGUAGUAAAAGAGAGUGAACGAAAAUUAUGAGAGCAUGAGAACGAGAGCGCGAGAGGCGCGCGGCCCAUUGCCAAUCAAAAAAAAAAAAACAAAA